AUGUCGACCAUUUCUCGUACUGCCGGUCAGAUUGCGGCUUUCCCUAGGUUCUCUUCUGGAAAUAACGUUAUCGAGGGCAUGUUACUCUUCCACCGUGCUAAAUCGCAGUCACACUCUCCACCAGUUCAGAGUCUGAAUAUGAUUAUGGCAUGGAUCUUAUCUUCCACUUCGUCGUACUUCCUCGGUAAGGUUGAGGAAUCGUCUGCACGGAAUCUCUUGUAUAAACUCAAGAGAUGGGUGUUCGGGGACUUCCUGUGUAAAAUGUACAACUUCGUGCACUACCUGAGCUACACGGCCUCGGUCAUGAUCCUCGUCGUGAACUGCGUCGAGAGAUACGUGGCCAUCAUGUGUCCCUUUCGCUCCAAGACGCUCCUCAGACACAGGAACCUUGUGGUGGCGCUGGUGGUGGUGUGGGUGGGCAGCGGCGUGUACUGCUGCCCGCGGCUGCUGUACUUCCGCGCCGCCUCGCACGACCUCCCGGGGGCGCAGUACACGGAGGUCAUCUGCCUGGCGGACCGCGAGCUCUACGACUCGCGCACCUUCGACACCAUCAACUUCGUGCUGCUGUACGUGAUGCCGCUCAGCGUCAUGUCCCUCCUGUACUGGCGCAUCGGCCGCUACCUGUGGAUCAACGGGCGCCUGGUGGAGGCGGCGAGGGUGCAGCGGGGUGUCGCCGCCGCCACCAAGUACGAAAACAACGGGCUGCCGCUGCACGGGCCCUGUGCGGCCCCUCCUCCUUCGCCAGCCCUCACCCCGCUUCCGCCUGCGGCCUCCUCCCGGGCGUCCCCGUGCUGCCGGACGGGCCUGCAGAACGAGAUCCUAAACCAGCAGGAGGAGCGGGACAACCACGUGCUGUCCGUGCACCACAGCGGCGCAGGGUCGAGCUCCUCCCACGGCAGGUACUCGGCAGGGAGGUGGCGGCAGUGGAGGCCCACCAGCGGCAACAGCGACAUGCCCAUCGGGCCCUACCACUCGGAGCGCCUCAUCCGCACGUGGAGGAAGGUGGUGAAGCUGCUGGUGGCCGUCGUGAUGUGCUUCGCGCUCUGCAACCUGCCCUUCCACCUCCGGAAGAUGCUCACGUACUACCACCCGCGCUACAACCCCACCACGGACGCCGCCCUCAUCUUCACGCCCCUCUCCAACGUCCUCAUGUACCUCAACUCGGCGCUCAACCCCAUCGUCUACUCCUUCAUGUCGCACAACUUCCGCGCAUGCGUCAGGGACGUCCUGAACCGCUACGCACGCAAGGGAAAACGCCGCCACGCCUCCGGGCCACGCCUCCCCCCGCCCCCGGUCAUCACAGUGAAGCUAAACGUUGACACCCUGCUGAGUCUCUGUGAGUUUCACAUAGAACAAAGUGUUUGUGCAGAGCUAUAG